AUGAGAAUUAAAUUGAAUAUUGAUGGGAUGUACAAUUGCAUUGAAUUUGUUGAAGAACACAAUCAUGAACUUCACUUGCCAUCAACUAGUCAUUUGAUGAAGUCACAAAGGAUUGUUUCUGAAUUUCAUGCAUUUGAAAUUGAUCUGGCAGAUGACUCUGGUAUUAGACCUAAGGACAUGUUUGAGUAUAUAAGUAAGCAUAUAGGUGGCAAACAGAGCAUUGGGUGCCUGAGGGAAGAUCAAAAGAAUUAUCUUCGAACUAAGAGUCAACGAGACCUUCGUUAUGGUGAAGCCAAGAGUUUGCUACUAUAUUUUGAAAAUCAAUUUGGUGAUGUUGUUAGCUUUGAUACAACAUUUUCUACGAACAAAGAGUCUAGACCUUUUAGGAUAUUUGCUGGAUUCAAUCAACAUAGGGGAAUCAUCAUAUUUGGGGCUGCACUUUUGUAUGAUGAGAUGGUUGAUUCGUUCAAAUUUUUGUUUGAGGUUUUUCUGAAAGCUCAUGGACAAAAGAAGCCAAUAACUAUUUUUACAGAUCAAGAUGCUGCAAUGGGGAAGGCUUUGACUGAGGUGUCACCUGAGACCAAGCACAGCUUGUGUAUAUUGCACCUAAUGCAAAAGGGCAUAAAGCAUAUGGGCAACAUGAUGAAAGAUGGCUUAAAUUUUUUAGCAGAUUUGAAGAAGUGUAUGUUCCAUUAUGAUGAUGAAUCACAAUUUGAAAUUGCAUGGGAUAAACUAAGGAGUGAUUAUCAGGUUAACGAAAAUUCAUGGUUAGACCGUAUUUAUUGUCUUAAAUAUAAAUGGACCAAGUGUUAUAUGAAGGAAACAUUGACUAUAGGAAUGCGGAGUACACAACUAGGUAAAAGUAUAAAUGGUGACAUGAAGGAUUACUUAAGUUCAACUCUUCACCUUGUACAAUUUUUCAAGCACUUCAAAAGGAUUGUGGCUGACAAGCGAGCUAAUGAGUUGAAGGCAGAGUUUGAUGCAAGAAAUAAGCUUCCAAGAAUUUUAUUCUUAAAAUCAUCUGUUAUGAAUCAAGCAGCAAGAGUUUACACUCCUAAGAUUUUUGAGAAACUUCAGAAAUAUUGUCAAAAAUUUGAUCAUAUUUUUAAAGUUCUAGAUGUCGAUGAUUUCAAAUAUAUUCCAGAUACAUAUAUAUUGAGGAGAUGGACAUGGAUAGCAAGAAAUACUGUUGUACAUGAUACUGAAGGAAAAGUUGUUGUGGAAGAUGUCCACCUGGAUUAUUCACAAAUGUAUAGACGUAUUUGUCCUAAACUGGAUAGGAUUGAGGCAAUAGCAUCAAAUUCAUCUGAGGGUUAUGCUUAUGUGGACAAUGUUGCUGAUGAGCUCUGUAAACAUCUGAAAACUAUAAAUAUUAGUUUUAAUGGGCAGGAUGAUAAAAGGGUUCUAAUUAAAGAUAUUGUUGUCAACAGUGGAGUAACUCUCAAGAAAAAAGAUGGUCCAAAGAAGGUGGUAGACGUAAGAAGAGUUGGGUGA